CUCUUUUACCCGGAAAAUAGAAAAAAAAUUGUAGACGAAAACAUGAAAUUUUGAGAUGGAAGAAAAUGCUGAAGAAAUCGAGGUGCUGAGAAAAGAACUGGAAUGGCUCCUCCAAGAGCAGGUGCAUCAAGUUCUGGAGGAAGUUCACGAGACACUUGUGGAAUGCUGUCGAAGGUUUCUGAUAAAAGCAAGUCCAGAUUUUUCGUUUGAGAAUCAGGAGCAGAUAACUCGAAAUCAACAAGAUGGUGGAGAUCACAGCCUGGUUCAUUCUCAGAGAAUCCUCAUGUCAAGUCCAAAUGGAGGCAUCAACCAGGUGAAGUGUGUGAUAACAUUACUCGGAGACAGUAUAUGUGAUGCAGAUAUAACCUUCAAACACAAGCAAGGAAAAGAUCACAGUCAGUUUAGGACAGGAUUUGGACAGGAGAGGGUGUGGAAACUACAACAGAUCCAGGAUGCCAGCAACUUCCUGUACACUGCCAGACUACAGGUAGAGGGCCAAGAUAGGGACCACACAUACAAAAGUGCCAAGGAAGUGAUAUUGAUCCUGGAUGAAGUGAUGAAGAACCUUACCCAGGGCCGAUCCUGCUUAGCGUUUCCCAAACGAAAAUCUAUAGAUGAGCUUGUAAAUAAUGUAAAUAUGCAAAUGUUGUACCCUCAUGUGCCAAGUGAUGUAGCGCUUAGUUUCUAUGUUCAUUCCUCAAAGUUGGUCCUGGCUUUGUAUCACCUUCAUUUGAACGGUCAGCAGCGAAUGGACAUCACGUCCAGGAAUCAGGUUGAGUGUACUAUACAGUGGUUAAAUGAAGCGGUGAUGUUGUUUACUCUUGCCCUCCAGAAGUGCCAGCAACUCAAAGAUAAGAUUGUUGUACUCCAGCAGUAUGAAAAAGUGUUAUGACGACGGCAGUUAGAUUUAACACCACCACCACGUCACUGUACAAGUUUAUACACAGGUGUAUGAUCAUCCUUUAUGUCCGGUCUACAGUGAAUUGUAACAAAGUUAUUUAUAAUCAGAACACAUUUAUAAUUUGAAACAUCAAGUAGUGUGUUAGUCAUAAGAGAAAUAAUUCUGUCUCUGAAAAACAUUCUGAAAUUAUGAACACUGAGAAUUCUUUAUAAGAGACUGUAGCAUUCCUAUGGUUUAUGCGAGGGCCCAGUUUAGUUAAAAGUCUGAUUACAGUAACAACAACUUAAUAUAACUUCAAUCCAGUCCAAAAAAUGUUAAAAUUUGUAAAUAAAUUUACAUAUACAGGGAUUCAAAAUGACCCCCAAAAGGAACAUAAAAAAAGCUGACAAUC